AUGCCGAAUUUAAAUGUUGCUGUAUCAUACUAUAUGCCUAUGUUAAGCUUUCCUGUAUCAUUCUAGGAAAGCCUGUGAGCACUUCCUGUCCAUUAGAACUUAGCACUCCUAGAGUUGUGGUAAGGUUUGGAGACUCCUUAUCAGCAAACUGCACCUCAUCGUCUGACCAGACUGAAGGAAUGGGCGGGAUGGGAGUCUUCAUAUGGAGGAGUGGACCUUACCCUGGGCGUCACUUCUCUUCUGUUUAAAAUGGACUCUGUGCCAGCGUGGGAGAUAGAAGCAAUGUGUUAUAUGAAUUCCCGUGAUGGUGAUCAGUGUACAAAAGUGUUACCGGUCACUGUUUAUAAGAUGAUGAUGGAGCUGAGAUCUGGUGUGAAGCAAAGCUGAACCUGUGGCCAGACGAACAAGGUCCUCCUCCGGCUGCUGCCCCCGCGACCCGGCCCCGGACAAAGCGGAUGAAGAUGGAUGGAUGGAUGGAUGUUUACACGUUAUUUGAUGUGAAUAACCAACAAACUGAACUGUUAUUUACUAGUCACGAUGGUAUUUGUCAGAGAUCUUAUUUUCUUUAGAGAAUGCCAAAAUUUAAUUGUUUCUCGUGAUUAAAUGAUUUCUUUACGAUUCCUAAUAUUUAGGGGAAGAUCUGAAUUUUUCCACAUCUCCAAGGACAACCUGCCUCACGAGUACCAGUCUAAGGGGAAAUUUGCAUGAAUGCAUGCUCAGUGGAUGGUUAGUCCAGUCAUGCUUCAAAACUGAAAAUAAAGAAAGAAAAAAGCAUUAUUUCAUCAGCUUUCUUUAAGCAUUUACAGUACGGUAGUUGUUUAGGAGUAACAUUGUGAGUGUAAAUGUAUUUACAAAUGCAACCCUUAAUCAGAUUUAAUCUUAGCUUCUUCCCGUCUUCUACACAGAAGACUUUGUUUCAGUCAUAUGUCCUGACUCAUUUUGCGUCACUGGUACAUACUGCUGUCAAAACAGUCCCGUUUUCCCUCGUCUGAACUAUCUUUGCAAAAAUCCAACAGCCUCUUGUCCAUUUCAUCACCUGGAUCUUUGCAGAAGUGAUUGCGAAAGAGGAUUUGACAUUUUGAAGAUGUUAUUACAUCAGACUGUAGCAUCCUGUUUAUUUGUUCAUUCAUUUGUUUGGUUGGCAACAUGUUUUGAUGCUGCGUUUUAAAUAUAUCAUGUUUAAUAUUGACGCUAUGUGAAGUGAGGAGGGUUUAUUGUAACACAGGGUUAUUCGACUGAGCGUCUAACGGUCUUACAGGACGCACAUGAAAUGCGAAAUAACAGAAUCCACGCCCCCCCAACACAUACACACUGCUUAAACCCAACUAUUUCUUUAGUUUUCACCGAACACAAAGAGAAAUCAAUGAACUUGACUCGCUGUUCAAACACUUUCUUAUUCUAAGUAUGGUGUCACUCAUGUGUUUAGAUGCUCGGGCGGAUUUAUUUCGCAAAAUCACAGCAAGUGCAAGACAUUUUUAUUGCGUGUAAUAUAACGUAUGAACUACAACCUUCUGUGCAAUACUUAGAAUUUUGCUUGUGCAAAUCAGAAAGUGAGGAAACUGUUAACUUCUUCAAAAUAACUCUGCAUUUUCCUCCACGGGCGUAGUCUUUCUGCGCCUGACGAAAGAAAACGAAAGGAAGAAACGCACGAGUGUGCGCACAUUUAGAAAAAGCUGUUCAGGUGGAUCUGCUUCGUUUUUAGUUUCCUUCUGAGGGUUUUGUACGCUUGGUAAAAACACUAUGUUUUUCUUCAUCUUUAUUGCGUGGAUAGGAAAGCCUGUGAGCACUUCCUGUCCGUUAGAAAUAAGCCCUCCUAGUGUUGUGGUAAGGUAUCAAGGCUCCUUUUCAGCUAACUGCACCUCACUAUCUAACCAGACCGAUGGAAUGGGAUGGGAGUCUCCAUAUGGAGGAGUGGACCUUACCAAGGGUGUCACUUCUCUUCUCUUAAGAAUUGACUCUGUGCCAGUGUGGGAGUUAGAGCCAAUGUGUUUUGUAAAUCUCCAUGAUGGUGAUCAGUGUACAAAAGUGUUACCAGUCACUGUUUAUAAAAUGCCAGACAGUGCGUCUCUGAAGAAUGUACGUACAGUGGAAGAAAGCCGACAGUUUGCCAUACAGUGUGAUGUUGUUAGUGUUGCACCAGCAAGAAAUCUUUCAGUAGUUUGGCACAAAGGAAAUAAGAUCUUGUCUUCUCAGACAUUUGAAGAGUCCAGUCCAUCUCCAGUCAGUAAGUCAUCUGUCCUCACUCUGACUGCUCAUAGAGAUGAUGAUGGAGCUGAGAUCUGGUGUGAAGCAAAGCUGAACCUGUGGCCAAAGGAACAACGUCCUCCUCCAGUGCGUUCAGAAGCUCAUACUCUGACUGUACUCUACCAACCAACCUUUAUCAGCGCUUCAAAUGAGACUCUGGACUUGCCAGCUGGUAAAAACAUUUUAAGUUGCAAUGCAACAGGAAACCCUUUGCCAUCAUACCACUGGCAAUUCCCACAAGCAGCACAAGAGACGUACAAGGAUCAGGAUGUGAAUUAUCCUAUUUUGACUGGACCAUUUGAGUUUCCAGGGGUCUAUACUUGCACCGCCUCAAACUCCCAGGGUACUGUGACUAAAUACUUCACAGUCAACAAACCUCCAGGUAUUGGUCCCGGGGCCAUUGCUGCAAUUGCAAUUGCUGCAAUUGUUUUUGUUAUCUGUACUUUGGGAGUGAUUCAUCGCAAAUGCAAAAGAUAAGAGAAUGUAUUUUCAAAGCCAAAAAAUUUGGUCUGUGCCAUGUUUGAAUCCUCAAAGUUUUUUAGCUACAUUCUUAAAUGUAUUAAAACACGAGGACUGGUAAAGCUCAAAUAGCAUGUUUUGUUUUAGCAAUUUGUAUCCAUACAUUUUUUUUAUGGAAACAUGAUUGUACUUAUCAACUGUAACGUCUGUAUUUUUUUCUUCUUUCGAUGUUUUAGUGUUUUACUUUUUUGACACCAUAAUUAGUUAAUAAGGCCUAUCUUUUCAAAUGCAGGCUUCAUUUGUCAAGCUCACUGUGAUUCACUGUGCAGUGCUAAUAUAAAGAAAAGUUGGGACAAAAAUUGCAUCAACAUGAACCUUUCAAGUAUUUGACCGCUUAAAAUCCCUGUCAGUAUUAGUAUGUCCUCACUAAUGCACGCUACAGUUUUUAGAUAUAAUCUCCUGAAAACAAGAUUAGUAACUUUUUGCAGCAUUGCUCACUUGCCACAUGUUGUCUUUUGUCAAUUUAUUUUUGAUCUGAAAUCCAGUUUUACAAGUGUGCACACAUUAAAUCAAAAAUAAAGUUGAUAAUAAGUGUCA